AUGGCAUCCGAAGAAAGUGCAAAGAGGCAGAGGACGGCCAGCGACUCUGCCUACGAUGCUCACCUCAGCACAUGUUUGCGAACUUCUCAGGGCUCGGUUUUUAGGAUGCCUUGGGAAACACCUGAAUUUCGAAAUAGCUUGCUUGAUUUCAGUGUACCUUUGGGAAGGGGGCCACUACCCCUCAUUCCUGUGAGCAGCAACAUUUCUGUUCCGGUUCCCAAACAGCCGGCUGUCUCUUUUGCACAUCGAUUCUCUCGUGUACGUCAUGAUAUUUCUUGGGAGAACCAGACCGAGAAGAGACUGGUGGCGGCCGUUCGGAAGUGGACUGCUCUUGUACUCAGGAGCCCUCAGUCUUUCGAUGUGGGUCGGAAGGUCACGUCACUGGCACCUGCUGGGGUCCAAGUGUCAAGGUCGCUGCGACAUGUGUUCGCAGGUAAGGCAGUUGGAACUCUGCACAGUCGGGCUGAUCCGCUCAUACGAUACGUGGCAUGGGCUGAUAGGCAUGCAGUCUUGGCAUUUCCAUUCAAGGAGGCUGACGUGUACGAGUUUGCUUGUGAGUGCGAACAUACAUGCUCGCCGAGUUUCCUCAAAAGCUUCCUGAGCGCGGUGACCUUUUGUUUCUUCAUUCUUGGAACGGAGAGCGCUCAGGAGGCGAUGGCUAGCAUGAGAUUGAGUGGUGUGGCCAGGGCAUGCUACUUGACAAAGCGGAAGAGGGUCCAGCGCCCACCGUUGUCGACUGAGAUGGUACAGCGACUUGAGAGGUUUAUAGUUUCCCCCGAUGGGGAUCGCAUUGAUCGGUUCAUAGCUGGAUUCUUCUUGCUCUCGAUUUUUAUGAGGGCCAGGUAUUCUGAUACACAGAACAUGUACAAUGUCAGCGAGGACAAGCCGCAGGUCGACCCGUCUGGGCUUGGAGGCUACCUUCAGGCCGACAUCGCACGCAGCAAGACAUCUUACACCACUGAGAGGAAAACUCAGCUGCUGCCGAUGGUGUGUCCACGCAAGGGUAUCUCUGGCGAAGAUUGGUUCCAGGCGUGGUCCAUACUGAGAAAGGAAUUGAACGUCCCUGUUGGAGAGGGGCUGCCCGUCCUGCCGGCGAUUUUGACCACCGGACACUGGGCUAGUCACCCUCCGAGUGCCUCGGUCGCUGCUGGAUGGUUGAGGAACGUGCUCCGCAAAUUCGGCAUCGACAGCUAUGAUCAGAGGGUGUUGGGGUAUCACACGGCUCCGGGCGACCGCAGCGCCCAAGUCUACAGCCGCGAUGCCGUAUCGGCAUCGGUCAGGGUGCUCGAGAAAGUCCUCGCGGCCAUUCGCUACGACUACGAAGCUUCCUCAGAGGCGUCUCUUGAUGAAGAGGAUGCCGAGACCGAUUGUCAGGAGCUCGAGCGAGCGCUGGACGGGGUCGUGGAUGAUUGGUGUGAGGAAGUGCCUAAGCGCGAGUUGAAGGCAGAGCACUUGGUUCGCAAUCGGUCUUCACGCAUGCUGCACUUGAUUGCCGACGAGGGCGGAACUUCUCUAUCUUGCGGCAGGACAUGCACGAAGAACUACGAGAAGGUGGUGCUUCAGCUGCUUGUCGAUGGUGGCGUCAACACUCUUGCCAAAUUUGCGUAUGUGAGCAGCUUCAUUCCGGGUCAGAGCGAUGAGGGUCCUUUUGUGACUUCCAUAAAGGCCUUUGCUUUGGUCGCGGCCGAGCUUAAAUCUCAGGUUGAGCGCACCACCGAUGCACCAGCGAGGAGCCUUGCCGCUCCUGACCGAGCAGAUCGUCUGGCUCGUCAAGUGCUGCGGUAUCCAGGCUUGACUAUCGCCGGGCCUAAUGAACCGAGUGACAGGUCAGUGGACAAGUGUUGUCAAAUGUAUGAAAACAAUCGCCUUACAUAUCUUCCGCUGAGUUGGUGCAUGAGCAAGGACGAUGAGACUCGGAAUUCCCGGGACAAGGAGGAUCGUACCCUCACAGUUGACAAUAGCGGUAAUGUUCACAUCAAGAACGCCGACAUUCGAGGUGAGGCCGACUUGAGCACUGACUUGUUACUGAAGUUCGCCCUCACUCGGCGAGGACUCGCAAUGGAACAGGCCGGAUUGUUAGGUUUCAAAGAACAUGAGAAAUGGGCUGAUCGCCUGUUGCACUCCAGAUAUCGUGAGGUGCCUUCGGGAUACACUCGAGUCAGCAUACAGCAGCUGCUUCAAGCCGAUAAGCAAUUGUUUGUCACCGCUGCUAAUGAGUGUCGCAGUGGAGUGCAAGUCACGGAGACCGGUCGUCCAUUGGACGAGGCGUGGAUGCGUUGCGCCGAUUUGACCGAGGUGUCUCAUUUGCUCGCUCCUCUCGCGUCGCCUCCUCCCGCUAAGAUUCCCUUUGAAAGACCCACUCCGUAUGGCCGUGGCAAAGGUCGGGGCAAAGGUUCUGGUAAGGGUAAGCAACCGUCGCGCCGCGAGGUGACCAUGCCAGAGGACCUAAAGGACGGGCACGCAAACACCCCGAAAGGAGCUCCUGCUCCCAAGAUUGCACGCGUCUCACUUCAAACCAAUCUUCAGGCUGAUGAGGUCAAGGCCAUCGAUGAAAUUGAGUCGAUCAGUAGCGCAAGUCUUGAUCACGAAUUCAAGGGUUCGGUCGAGGAUCGAGCUCUGACCCUGCUGAACAAUGCUGUUUUUGUUUCCCCCACUGAUUUACUUGAGAUAUUCCAAUCACUCCCCACAGAGGCUUCCGUCCGAGGUGACCCAUCACAAGGAGUCUCCUUCUCGACAGGUGCCUAUUGCAGAGUCAAGGUUGGGCUGCGACGUAAUGUCUUGCUCUUCCCGAAUGUGACAAAGUUGGCCGCGCGCUUUGUGCGACAGCAGCUGCCCAGCUUAAAGUUCACGAGCUUAGCAUUCUUUCACAACGUUCAAACCACACCUCAUGUGGAUGCGCAUAAUUCUUCUUUGCCCAAUGCUGUGUGUGCACUGUCUGACUUCGAUCAGGGACAGGUGUGGGUUGAGAGACCAGGCGGCCAAGCUUGGUGCGAUGUUGAUGGCGAACUACGCAGUGGAGUCGAACUCAGCUUGGAUGGCAGUCAUGCCGUCUUCACCGCUCGACGGUUGACUCACGCCACUAGGAAUUGGUCGGGUGAUAGAGUGGUGUUAGUUGCUUUUUCAGUCUCCGCCAUUGAUCACCUUAGUGAAACUGAUAGUGCUACACUGACCGAGUUGGAAUUUCAGCUCCCGAUGCAAGCCGACAUUCUUGAUGCCGAACAGUCGCCUCCGGUUUGCUAUGAAGCGCCGGUCGUUACCGGGGGGUGUGCUACUGAUGAGUUUCCAAAACCACUCGUCCUCGCACAACCAGUGACUUCCCCGCCUCUAGCUUCCUCCAAGUCGGGUUUAGCCCCCGUAGCAGAUUCCGUAGUGUCUACUGGUCAGGUUCAGGCCAAGCCGGUUGACCAGCCUGGUAUUGUGCUCGAGCUGUUUGCCCGUGCAGGCUCUUUGUCCCGAGCCUUUCAUCAGAUUGGCUUUGAGGUCAUGCCCAUAGAUAGGGGAAGUCACCGGCUUCCGUUGGCCAAGUUGUGCUCACUGGAUCUUGCCUUGCCGAGCUCGUGGCAGUAUCUUUCGCAUGUGCUCGACAACUAUCAUGUUCGGUACGUGCACAUUGAUUUGCCGUAUGCCACCUAUGGACCUAAGCAGGGCCUCCGACGACUGUCCCAUGGAUCUGUCGUUCCUGUAGGAGGCGCCGACGCCUCUCAGGUUCAAAGGCUCGCAUUGGCCGACUCCUUGUUGGAACAUGUCAUCACCUUCUUAAAACGAGUUCAACAAAUGGGCAUCGCCUGGUCCAUUGAGCAUUCGCAUUCCAGCUUCCUGUGGCAUAUGCCUGCUGUGCGCCAGCUCACCAACACCACUACCGUUGUGUACGAUUUGUGUGCCUUCGAUUCUCCGCAUCGCUUGCGGAGGCAACUGCUAACGUCUUGUAGUGCACUCAAGUGUUUACAACAAGUGUGCCAUGGUAAUCACAGUCACACGCCUGUGACUGGCGGUGUUGAUACUCAUCCCAGGCUUUUCUGUCAGCAGGUUGCCCACGCCGUGGCUAAACACUGUGGCUUUGACCCUCUUUCGUCUCCGCUGCAGUCCAGCCCUCCGCCUGUCACACAGCAGCGUCGGGGUAAACUUGGUGCGAGCCUCAUCAGAGAAUUUGGUCGCGUUUGCAGAUGUCGUGUGCCACAGAUUCCGCCUGUGGAUCAUAAAAAUUGCUUGCAGCACGCCAUCGGUGACAUCCCCGCAGGCUCCAAACUUCUCGCCACUGAGGAGACGGGGGAGUCGGGUGGCUUCGAAAUUAGUGUUGGUGUGUAUGCAACACCGGAUGAGUUUCUGGAGGAGGCCAAAGGAUUACGGCAUCCCUUCGAGACGUUUGCUGUCAUCCCCGACGAAGUGAAACGAAAGCUUCAUGAGGCCUUGGUGAAGGGCCCUGAGUGGGUUGGUAGGCAACGUGUGGCCACUCUCAACAAGUGGUUAGAAUGGGCCAAGGAAUUGGAGGAACCAGAGUCCCGACUUAAGGAGGGCCUCGAACCUGGUGUGAGGUCUGUGUUAGGAUCAAAAAGGCUUCUCUUGCUCAAGCGCAUUGCUGAUGACUUGAAGUGGCCCGACGAUGGAUGGUUUGAGGAUACUUGUAAGGGUUUUGGUUUGGUUGGUUGGCAGAAGCCCACUGGUGUCUUUAGAAAGGAGCCUCGUCCCCAGGAGAGGACGGCUGACGAGUUUACUAAGGCCUGUAAGUACAUCCGUCCGGCGCUUUUGGGGAAGGUUUUGUCCGAGGGUUUGAAUGAGCAUUCCUCUGAACUGUGGGAUAAGACUUUGACUGAAGUUGCCGAAGGGUUCUUGGAGGGACCACUUACCGAAGAAGAGCUGACGAGAAGGUACGGCGACGCAUGGGCCCCUGUGCGCCGGUUCGCCGUGAUUCAAUCUUCUGGAGGCAAGCGCAAGUUGAGACCGAUUGACGACUACUCUGAGAACUUAGUUAACGGUUCUUUUUCUUAUGGGGAUAAGUUAGAUCUAAGGGCACUUGACGAGAUCAUUGCAAUAUGUCGCUUUUGGAUCCGAGCUCACACGACGGAGCAUCAAUUCUUUCUGGACAUGGCCAGCGGACCACCGUUGGUUGGUCGAGUGCACCCUGCUUGGGCGGGUUCGUCGUGGUGUCCUGAGCUGUGCACCUUUGAUUUGAAGAAUGCUUAUCGCCAAUUUGCGUUGAACCCGAGCCAUCGUGCCUUCUCCGUCGUUGCCCUUCUCAAUCCGGAUAAUGGCGACUUGGGAUUGUUUGAGGGUAAGGCUCUGCCUUUUGGAAGCACAUCGUCCGUGCUCCACUUCAACAGGUUGUCUAGGUUGCUGUGGCGGAUAGGUUUGGAAGUCUUCUUGUUCUGGGCCAACUUCGUUGACGAUUAUCCAGUGAUGAGCCCGUGCUGUCUUUCAGGUUCCACCAUGGACACCUUGCUUGUGUUGUCCUCAGUGCUUGGUUUUUCCGCAUCCCUUGACAAACUGAGCCCAUUUGCAGACGUCGCUUCCAUGCUUGGGGUCGAGAUUGACUUGAAAGGAGCCAGGGAAGGUGUCAUUCGGAUUAGGAACAAGGAAGGCCGAUCCAGUGAGGUGUGUGAUGCCAUCCGUGAAUGCAUCAGUGAAGGUUGCAUCAAGAUGCGUACUUUUGCCAGGGUUGCAGGUCGUGUCCAGUUCUCCGAUGCGCAAGUCAUGGGGAGAACCGGCAAGCUCGCAUUGGCGGAGCUGAGAGCCGCUUCCACACGCCACGCCUCCCGGUUUGUUCUGGGUCCCCGCGAGAUCGAGGCUUUCGAGUUUCUCAUUGAUCGCCUCUCUUUCGGUUCCCCUAGGGUAGUCCCUUGUGUGGUUGCCCCUAAGCCUGUUUUGAUCUUCACGGACGGAGCAAGCGAACAGUCUGGCAACACCGUUGGAGGUAUUCUUUACUCUCCUUCUGAUGCGCGGCCCCGAUUCUUUUCUUGCGAAGUUCCUUGUGCCUUGGCAGACCGAUGGAGGCAGCAUCUGAAGCAUAUUAUCGGACCCGUUGAGGCGUACGCUGUCGCCCUGGCACGCAAGGCUUUCCACCAGUACAUGUCUGGACAGUAUUGCCUUUUCUUCGUUGACAACGACGCUGUCCUUCUCAGCUUUGUGCGAGGAACGUCUAACAGUGAUCACUUUCGAGAGCUGCUUCUCACAUGGGAAUGCUGUGAGAAACAUGGUCCAUCGUGGACAUACUGGACAAGGGUCCCUUCCGCAUCCAAUCCUUCAGACGACCCGUCACGCGGUGAGUUCAGAGCACUUGUUGAUUCGGGUGCAUUACGAGUUAAGUGCUCAUGCCCCAUCUCGGGCAUCCCGCUGGUCGACUUGUAA